AUGGCCAAAGCAGCACCCUGGGCGCAAACGCACGCUCUGUUGAAAUGCGCGUGGUGGACAAUCGGUCCGUUGUCUGACCUCCAGGCGUCUCUUGGUGCAACCGCUUUUUUCUACAUACACGUUCACGUUCGUCCUCUGGUCCCGCCGCGCCACUGGGCACCGCCUCCGUCGCCUCGCCUCGCUUGGGGCAUCAUCACGUCCAACCCAAAUCCACACUCUUCCCUUCGUACGGAGAUGCUGGCCUGUCACCAGGCCCGUCUAGGUUCACCGCCCGAUGACGUCGAACCCAGCGCCGAUAGUCUGAUCCUCCCGCCGUUACCCGUCGAGGUCGUCGACAACAUCUUCCUCUAUCUCCCCGUGAAGUUCGCCAUCAGUUUCAAGCGAGAAACGGUGAAAAGAAAGCUCCUGCCCCUGGUGGCUUGCCCGGAGCUUUGGUGUUCAGGCAACAUGGAGGCACUGCGUUGGUUGUGCAAGUACAACGUCUCAGGAUGCGACGAAGUCACCGCCCUUCAUAUGGCUUUAGAUUGCGGCGAUCUCGAUGUAGCGCAAUGGCUUCACGACAAGUACCCGGAUGCAUUGCGUACGCUCGUCACACGCUUCGUCACGCGUACGCUCGUCACGGACGGGGACUCAGGGUACAGCGACGACCUGUACCAUGCGCUGGACGUCGCAGCCGAGCAGGGCCAGCUUGCAGUGAUUCAAUGGCUUCACGAACGCGGGCCGGACGAGAUGGCGACCCCAAACGCGAUGGAUUUGGCAGCGGCAGAGGGAGACCUCGCGGUAGUCCAAUGGCUCCAUGAAAACAGAUCGGAGGGGUGCACCGUGGCUGCCAUGGACGAAGCGGCCGCCAACGGGCAUCUGGCGGUCGUGCAGUGGCUCCACGAGAACAGAUCGGAAGGGUGCACUACGGCAGCGAUGAACGACGCUGCUCGGAAAGGCCUCCAUCCUGUGGUUGAAUGGCUGCACGGAAACCGCAAGGAGGGAUGCACGACACGGGCAAUGGACGAUGCUGCAUCGGCGGGUCACCUCGAAGUUGUCAAAUUCCUGCAUAUCCAUCGACACGAGGGAUGUACGGCACGGGCAAUGGACGAUGCUGCAUCAAUGGGUCACCUUGCCAUAGUCGAGUACCUCCACACCCACCGCAAGGAGGGAUGCACGACACGGGCAAUGGACUAUGCUGCGUCAGCGGGUCACCUUGAAGUUGUCAGAUUCCUGCAUAUCCAUCGACACGAGGGAUGCACAGUGGAGGCCCUGAACUCCGCGAUCCGUAGCGGACGCCUCGAAAUGGUGCAGUGGCUGUUCACGCAUCGAACGGAGGGAUACACCCGGGAGCGCUUGCAGCUGGACCUCGUUGUCACCCAAACGUCGGGUGCUGCAAUCAAAGAAUGGCUUUCCAAACAGGAGUAUGGGAAGGAGCCGCCGCCGGAUAGUGACGACGAUGUUCAGCGGAAUGACUCGUCGGAGGAUUCGGAUAGUGAUGACGACUUCGGGCGGCGGAAUGACCUUGAUCGGUUGCAAGCAGUGAAUCUGAGGCGGUAG